CGUUUUGCGUGGAUGUGGAUGUUGUGCCUCCUCCCUUUACCGUUUGUGGUUGCCUAAAAAUAUAAACAAAAAUGGAAUGAAUGAAAACAUGUAAUUUUAAUAUUUAUUGGAAAAGUUCUUUAAACAAUUUCAGUAGUCUACAAUGGAAGAUUUAACAAGUGUCUGUUGCAUAUGUAUAAAAAACACCGAAACCUUAAUAUUAAUAAACAAACCCGACUCCAACAAUAUAAAAUACAUCAAAAAACUAGUGUUGUGUGUUCCUAAUGAAACAUGGAAAUCGCAUCAUCAAAUUUGCAAUCCAUGCAUUUCUCAGCUGGAUGCAGCAUACAAAUUCGUCCAAUGUUGCAUAGAGAGUGAAAAAUUUCGUAAGAAAGACUCAAAUAGUCUUAAACCUAAAGAGGAAUUAUUCACUUGUGACGAUUGUGGCAAAUCGUUUAAGCAAAAGCAGUAUUUAAGUCAGCAUAUCACUAAGCUACAUGUAAAUAAAAGGCAAAGUGAAAACAACAAGCUCAAGAUAGAAGUAGAACGAAAAGAACAAGUCGAUGUUGGCAAAAAUAUUAAAUCAGAAGACAAUAUCUCGAUGAAAAAGGAAGCUGAAGAUAGCGAACAUUCAGUGGACGAAAAACAUGUUAAAACCGAAGAGUCAGAUCAUAGUGAUAGUGACGAUUUAGAAGAUAAUACAAAUGAAAACGACGAUAGUUAUAGUGAAAAAUCUGAAGUUGGUGAAGAAUCUGAAGAAAAAUCACAGCUAAGGAGAAAAGGGCACAAGAGAGUACCCCUAACCUGUAACUUUUGUGAUGAAAUAUUCGUCAAAAUACAAGACUUGAUGCUGCAUGUCCGAACAAAUCACGGUACCGAAAAACCAUUUGCUUGUGAUCAGUGCGGUGCCAAAUACAUGAACAAAUACAGUCUGCUAAUCCAUUCAAGAAAACACACAAAUGAAAAACCAUUCAUCUGUGCCACUUGUGGCAAAAGUUUCGUUUCUUCAGCGGACUUGAACCAUCACACAAAAAUUCACAACAACGACCGCGCCUAUUCCUGUCUUAAGUGCAACAGGAGCUUCAAAACUCACAGCAACUUGCGAACUCACAGACUACAAAUGCAUUUAGAUCCUGCCGAAUGGAAGUUUCCGUGUACCUUGUGCAGUAAAAAGUUUCCUAUAAAGGGAAAUUUAAUCAAACAUUUGAAGAGGCAUGCAGGAAUUAAGGAGUUCGUGUGUCACAUUUGUGAAAAGAAGUUCUUAAAUAAGGCUGAGCUUAUGUUGCAUUUAAACACUCAUACUAAUCAGAGAUUAUUCAAAUGCAAUAUUUGCAGUAAGGAUUAUAAGAAUAGAGAGGGUUUAAGGAGGCACAUGAAAGUUGUGCACGAUCAAGGCAAUUGGAAAGCUCCGAAAAUUGAAAAAAAAUACUUGUGUCCAAUGUGUCCCAAAAUUUUCGCUUUUGGUAAUAAAUUACAGAGGCAUAUUUUUACGCAUACUGGCGAAAAGCCUUUUGAAUGUGAUUAUUGUCAGAGGAGGUUUAUUGACAAAUAUGGCAGGAAGGUGCAUUACAAAAAGGAUCACAAUAUAGAGUAUGUUGGGGAUGAAACUAAAGUUUUUUAAGCAUAAAAUGACGUUUGUAUUCCAAGUAUUUAGUUUUUGUUCACUUGUAUAUAGUUUUUUUUUUUAUACGAUUUCACUUUUUAUCAAGCUUUUUACAAUAAAAUUUAUAUAUUUAUGAAUU